CGUGCCACCGGCCUCAGCUUCUAGGGACUUUUCUCUUGGCUGGGAAGGAUUUUAUGUUCAUCAGAAAUACUUCCAGAAGAUUUAAGAAGCGGUAAGGGUGACGCAAAUCUGUGAAGGACCAGCAUGGGGAUCCUAUACUCUGAGCCUGUCUGCCAGGCAGCCUACCAGAACGACUUGGGUCAAGUGUGGCAGUGGGUGAGAGAAGACAGAGCCUAUAUCAACGUUCGAGAUGGCUUGAAUGGAGACACUCCCCUGAUCUGUGCUUGUAGGCGAGGACACCUGAGAAUCGUUUCCUUCCUUUUAAAAAGAAAUGCUGAUGUGAACCUCAAAAACCGGAAAGACAGAAACUGCUUGCAUUACGCUGUGAAGAAAAAAUUUACCUUCUUUGAUUACCUACUCAUCGUCCUCUUAAUGCCUGUUCUGCUUAUUGGGUAUUUCCUCAUGGUGUCAAAGACCAAGCAGAAUGAAGCUCUUGUCCAAAUGUUGCUCAAUGCUGGGGUCGAUGUGAAUGCCCAAGACUGUGAUGGCUGCACGGCGCUCCAUUACGCUUGCCAAAUGAAAAACCAGACCCUCAUUCCUCUGCUGCUGGAAGCUCGUGCCGACCCAAUGAUCAAGAACAAGCGUGGUGAGAGUUCCCUGGAUAUUGCGCGGAGAUUAAAGUUUUCCCAGAUUGAAUUAAUGCUAAGGAAAGCAUCAUAA